GGGCUGGAGAGGGCUCGAUCAUUCGCUCUUUUGUUCGGUGGACAAUAAGAGCCUGAGGUCCAGGGCUUAAAAAGGAUAGGCCCACCAUUUACCAGCCAGCGACUCUGGAGAGAGACUGGCCAAGCUGAAGUCUGAACAGCUGCCGGAUGUUUAGGGUGACCGUGUGUUGCAAGACGUCUCCACUAUGUUGUACACUCUAGCAGGGGGAGGCACCCUGUGCGGUGUGGCUGCCUUGGUGCUUCUCAUCGUUUCUACGGCAACAGAUUUCUGGAUGCAGUACCGAUACUCGGGCAGUUCAGCCAACCAGGGGCUUUGGAGGUUCUGCAUCAACCACAAAUGCCAUGCCCACACCAUCACCGUAGCCUUCUGGGAUGCUACCAGGGCCUUCAUGCUUCUGGCAGUACUGAGCUGUUUUGCUGGCAUUGUGCUCGGCCUUAGUGCCUUCACCAAUGGCACCAAGAACAGGAGGGUUCGGACUGGAGGCAUCGCUUUGGUCCUAUCAGGUUUUCUUGCUCUUCUGGCUUUAGCUGUUUACACAGGAGUGACAGUCACUUUCUUUGGCAAACGCUUCGAAGGCUGGCGCUUUUCCUGGUCCUACAUUAUAGGCUGGGUGGCUGUGAUUCUGGCUUUUGCAGCAGGUGUGUUCCAGCUCUGUUCCUACCAGCAGACCUCAGCAGAGCCUGCUCCUUCAAACAACCCGGACAGCUGAACGGAAUUAACACACAGAUGGUCCUCCAAACUGUUGGACUGUAAAUCAUUUCUGCUUUCAUUAUGUAAAGAGUGGAAUAAAGAAAUAAAAAAACAAAAAACA